GCUGACAGCUGGCGCAUGCGCACUGCCCCUUAUUGUGCCCGGCCGGCCCAGCCCCGGCGCGCCUCAGUCAGCGAGAGGCCGUUGGCGCGCGCGGAGCUGCUGCCCCCUGCGGCCGGCGCCGCCCCCGCUCCCCUCCCCGCCCUCCCGCCAUGGAGUGAGCCCCGCCGGCCGCACGGGGGGCCCCGCCGCGCCUCGAUGGCUCUGGUUACGGUGCAGCGCUCGCCUACCCCCAGCGCCACCUCCAGCCCCUGCGCCUCGGAGGCAGACAGUGGGGAAGAAGAAUGCCGGUCCCAGCCCAGAAGCAUCAGCGAAAGCUUCCUCACUGUGAAAGGUGCAGCGCUCUUCCUGCCGCGAGGGAAUGGGUCGUCUACUCCCAGGAUCAGUCACAGGCGCAACAAGCACGCAGGGGAUCUCCAGCAACACCUGCAGGCCAUGUUCAUACUGCUCCGCCCAGAAGAUAACAUCAGACUGGCUGUAAGACUGGAAAGUACCUACCAGAACCGCACUAGGUACAUGGUGGUGGUGUCCACCAACGGCAGACAAGACACCGAAGAGAGCAUUGUCCUAGGAAUGGAUUUCUCUUCCAAUGACAGUAGCACUUGUACAAUGGGCUUGGUGCUGCCACUGUGGAGUGAUACCUUGAUCCACCUGGAUGGGGAUGGAGGAUUCAGCGUGUCGACAGAUAACAGGGUUCAUAUAUUCAAGCCGGUGUCUGUACAGGCAAUGUGGUCAGCUUUGCAGAGUUUACAUAAGGCUUGUGAGGUGGCACGGAGCAACAAUUACUACCCAGGGAGCCUCUUCCUCACGUGGGUCAGUUACUAUGAGAGCCAUAUCAACUCUGACCAGUCAUCUGUCAAUGAGUGGAACGCCAUGCAAGAUGUCCAGUCCCACCGGCCUGACUCGCCCGCCCUCUUCACAGAUGUCCCAACAGAGCGGGAGCGUACGGAACGGCUAAUUAAGACCAAGUUGAGGGAGAUCAUGAUGCAGAAGGAUUUGGAGAACAUCACAUCAAAAGAGAUACGCACUGAGCUGGAGAUGCAGAUGGUGUGUAACCUGCGGGAGUUCAAAGAGUUCAUUGACAAUGAAAUGAUAGUGAUCCUUGGGCAGAUGGACAGCCCCACCCAGAUAUUUGAUCAUGUCUUUUUGGGCUCAGAAUGGAACGCCUCCAACUUGGAAGACUUGCAGAACAGAGGGGUGCGGUAUAUUUUGAAUGUGACUCGAGAAAUAGAUAACUUCUUCCCUGGGCUCUUUGAGUACCAUAAUAUUCGGGUAUAUGAUGAAGAAGCAACAGAUCUUCUGGCGUAUUGGAACGACACCUACAAAUUCAUCUCCAAGGCAAAGAAAAAUGGUUCUAAGUGCCUGGUGCACUGCAAGAUGGGAGUGAGCCGCUCGGCGUCCACGGUGAUCGCCUACGCCAUGAAGGAGUACGGCUGGAACCUGGACAGGGCGUACGACUACGUGAAGGAACGGCGCACCGUCACCAAGCCCAACCCCAGCUUUAUGCGGCAGCUGGAGGAAUACCAAGGGAUCCUGCUGGCCAGCAAACAGCGGCAUAAUAAGCUGUGGCGCUCGCACUCGGACAGCGACCUCUCGGACCAUCACGAGCCCAUCUGCAAGUCUGGGCUGGAGUUGAACAAGAAGGAGAUCACCACCUCAGCUGACCAGAUCUCAGAGGCCAAGACCAAUGACAACCAGCAGCCGAUGUCUCCCAUCUACUCAGCUGAGCUAGGCAGGGAGCAGCAGCUCCCAGAGGAUGCAAAUGUGAUCGAGGAGAUGCGUGUGAAGGAGAGGAGGAUCCACCUAGAGUUUACGUGUCGAGACUACCACACUGAGCAGAUGGAGGACAAGCUGAACCUGAACAAUAUCAAUGGCUGUACGGCAGGGUGUUGCGUAGACUCGGUCCCCCCCGAUAACUGCCAUGCUUCUGAGGCCUUAAUGCAACUCCAGCACCCCUUGGAAAUAACAGAGUUUCCUGAUUUGACAGUGGAUGAUCUGGAAAAAGAUGCCCUUAAGCCUGAUAUGAACGUGCACUUGGUUCCCAUGGAAGAAUUCACUUCGUGCUUAAAAGACUUUCCCCAAUCUCCGAACCAAAACCAGAAUCCCCAGCCAGAAGUGAGAGACUUCAGUACAGACAGGAUUGAUUUCUUCAGCGCUUUGGAGAAAUUCGUGGAGCUUUCCCAGGAGAGCCGGUCACGCACCUGCUCCCAUUCCAGGACGGAGGAGCAAGGGAGUGGAAGGAACGGGGUCUCCAGGGUACCUGUGCUGGAAGUGCCGCCUGCUGCAGACGGGGGUGCAGAUGCUCGAAGGAACAGCUCUGGAAACUCGCCUCAGGCAUCGGAUGACUCUUCCACAGACGAAGAGCAACAAAAGGAGGUCCCCGAGCUGCCUAGCACAGGCCAUCUCACCAGAUCCCACUCGGAAAAUGCCAUUUCUGUGAAAGAAAUUAUCACAGAGAUCGAGUCAAUCAAUCAGGGAGCAGGACCUGCCCCGCAGAAGGAGGGUUCAGCCAACCUCACCCAGACACCAAAGAGGAACACGGUGCAUGACCUACCAGUGGAGGCAAUCUGGGCAUCGGAAAGGGUGGAUCAGAGCGAAGGAGCCUGUGCUGGACACCAGGAAAAGGAGAAGGACCCUCUGCAAGCUGAGCAAGAAGCUACCCCAUCCCUGCAACCGUAUUCUGGUAAAUCGGACCUGGAGGAAAGCAGCCCUGGGGGGGAGCAGCAAGAGCCUCGCGGCUCCAUCAACCCUGAGCCCAAGUGGUGCCCCGGCUCUGUCCGGCGAGCCACCCUGGAGUUCGAGGAGCGCUUGAGACAGGAGCAAGAGCACCAGCACGUGACCCCAGUCUGCAUCUUACCGACCCGCAAGAACUCCAGGAACGACUCUCCUGCUGCCGAGCUCCUGCCCCGGGGAAAGAGUGAGGAGCCGCCCCUGGAGCUGGCUCUGGAGGAUGACAAGGCACGGGGUCCAGGCGCUGAGGAGCUGCUGCUGCCUCCUGGGGCAGAGCUGCCUGCAGGCAGACACCUGCCUGCGGCUCUCGCCGCCUCUGCACAGGAGUCCCUGCCUGCAGAGCCCGGCUCAGGGCAGGAGGGAACGGCACAAGAGUGCAGGACAGUGGUCUCGUUUGGUGGGACGGAGGAGCCAUCCCUGCCCUCCCUCCUCCCAAAGAGAAUUGAAAUCAUCGAAUACACUCCUGCAGUCCAGACUGCAGAGCGCCCUGACGCAAGCUGUGAGCAGGGCGGGCUGGCCGCAGCCAUCCCGUCUUUAGAUGAAAACUUGAACCCUUCGUUGUGCUCAGAGAAGGCACUGACCUGUCCCAGAGCUCUGACGCCGGUAAAUCUCUCGCUGCCGGAGCACGCGGUACACAAGCAGACCAUCUUCGCUGUGGGCAGCCCCAGCGAGGAGGGUGGGGGGUUAUCUGUUCACCUCGGUGCUGCUUGCCCCUCUGCCCAGGUGACCUCCACACCUUCGGCCAACCUCGAGCGCUCUUCUUACCCUUAUGUAAUUCACCUGAAAGGCGUCACUGAGCAGAGCACGGGUACAGACGAUGAGCUGGUUACGCCGUGUGGCGUUGAGGGAGACACGACUCUCCCGUUCAGGGACAGCCCCGAGCCUCUCUGCAGGGGGGGUGCCGGCACCUUGAGGCAGCUGAGCGGUGAGGACUUCACCAGCCAACAUGCUGAAAACAUGGACCUUCUGGACAUCUCUUUCCUGUGCUACAGCCUGCCCCAUAGCUCCAGCAGCCACAGCGUGGAGGAGUGCAGCAACAGCCCUGGGCUGGUCAAGCAGCGAGCGAAGGAAAUAGAGGCUCGGAUCCGGCACGCGGGGCUCACCACACCCUCCCACAUGAAACGCUCGGCAUCCUUGGCCAAACUGGACUGCCUGGACCUCUCCAAGGACGACUUAUCCGAGAGGGAGUUGGCCUCUUCCGAUACCAACCCGGUGCUUCUCACCUGCGUUGCCCUCGGUCGAGGUUUUCACGGGAGGAGGUUGGAGAGGGGCUCGGAAAGCGUGUGCGGAAAGCAUCGCCUUUCCUCCCCAGAGCCCGCUAAGCAUUUUGUGGAACAGCUCAGAACAGCCGAGUGCAUUGCCCAGAGCAAGCCGGUGGAGAGGCCGCUAGCUCAGUACGCCAAAGAGUGCGGCUCCAGCCAGCAGAGUUUGUUUUCCAGCGUGGAUCCGACAUGGACUAGCUCCGAGGAGGGUCCUCCGCUGCUCCAGGUGCAGCUCCUGGACUCCUUGCCUCCAGCUCAAGGUCUGGCUGUCGCACCCCGGCAGCAGCACGGGAGAACUCACCCUCUGAGGAGGCUCAGAAAGACCAAUGAUAAAAAGCGGACAACCAAUCCCCUCUACAAUACUAUGUGAUCCUGAGCCCUCGGCUGUGAUUUCUUACUGAGAACCCGUGGUGUUGCGUUCACGCAAGGGGCAGGUGUAAUAUAAGGAACAUGCACUUUAUUGGUUAAUUUUAUAUAUAUUGUCAUUUUACUGUUCCUGGCGCAUGUAGGUGUGGGUUGGUUCUUCUGUGUGUGACUCUGACUGCAGGACUGUUUGGGUUUUUUUUUAAGUUUUUUAACUCUGAUAACCUCAAAUGUUCCUUUUUUUUUUUUUCUCUUAGUUUGUUUUAAAAGAACACCUUUAUCGAGAGAAAACUGAUAUUGGCUUGCUUCGGCAAGGUGGAGUUUUGCUUAGAACCAGGUCCUAGUUCCUAACUUGAAUUUUUCCCAUGCUGGGGUGAAAUGGUGCUGGGCAGUUGUUGGGGUGAGAGCCCCCAUAAAUGUGAAGGCUGUGCCAAGGUCCCUCUGUUUGGCCUUUCUUUUAUUUCUGCAAACUGGAACUCCACGAUGCUGGCAGAUCACUCGCAAAGCUGCUUCAGGACAGACCCCCUGGCCUCGGUUCGGCUGGCGCAUCCCCCAGAGGGAGCGCACGGGGGUAAAUCCUCCCGACAGAUGGGCUCUGAAGACCCCGGGCAGCCUGGCACUGAGGUCAGCGCCCCCCUCCUGGGGUGGGUCGCGCCGAGCCCCCCGCUUUGUGGUGAGGUGGAGCAGAGCUGCUCCGCGAGCACCUCUCCUCGGCUGCCCCGGACCAGCGGGUGAGAGGAGGAGAGCCCCCGAAGCUAGAGUGUUCUUUUAAAACAAACGCCUCAUUGGGGUUUUAACCCUCCCAUUACUUGAAUACUGCUGUGGGCCUUCCGAGUUCAUGGCCAUAUCAUCUGUCCUCUGCCCUCCUGCUGCCUCCCCUCCGCCCAAAAACUGUCCUUGUCUUGUGCCGCCUGAGCUUCCCUCUCCCCUCUGCCACGCUCACAGGCACCUCUGGUCGCUCCCAAACCUAGGGGCUGUUAUAAUUGUUACAUGGCGUGUUACUGCCCCUCCUGAAUGCAAAGCUUUGUCCUCUCUGCUGUCACUCCUAACGCUCGACCCAGAGGGAAGAUCUUUUCUGGAAGUUGUUGGGUUUUUUUGUUGCCUAAAUUGUAUAUAUGGUAUUUAUAUAGAAUUUUUUUUUCUGUUUCUAUGAGGGUUUUUUUGUUUUCUUUUUUUUUUAAAAGGGCAAGACUGCAUUCUGUAAACUGGAAAACAAAACCACCUUAUUCAAACUCAGUGCUGUUCGCUGUAAUCUGCACAGAAAUGGGGGUGGAUUUGACAUUGUAAGCUGUCUUCCCUUUCCGAAAGUGAGCCUCGAUGCCAGCCUUUGCCAAACGUAUCCCUUCUCCAGUCCUGCGUGAACCCCCGUUACGCCACCGUGGGAGGGGGCACCGCGUGUCUGCCCGCCUCCCUCCCGCUUGACGCUGGGUUUCAGAAGUGCCAGUCGGACGUGGAAAGCCAUCGGCUGCUCCGAGCCAUUCUGCAGGUUCUCGCUUCUCCGGAGAACCUGCGUUUGAAGGGUCUGCUCCAAAUUUCAGCAAAUUAAUUUUACAGUUCCUGAGCAGUUUGGCUAAAUCAAAGCUCCUCACUUCCAAUCGUGCAUAUCAGCGAAUUGCUGGAGGAGCAGAGAGAAAGGCACUUGGCGGUUGCAGGAGAGCUCUGGGUCCUGUCUGCAGUCCUGUGGCAGGUCCGUGGCAGAAGAGCGCGUCUGAGCUGGAGCUUGGCUCUGGCCCAGACCUGCCCGCUGGGGAGGAGCGAAGCCCAGAGAAGAUGCAGAAUGGCUCCAGCUGCUGAAAGCCCAGCUCGGAGAGGAUGCGGUGUGGGAGGAGCAGCAGGCAAGGCCGUGCCUAGAAAGCAGCGCUGAUGCUGCAGAGCCUUGCAGGCUCCAAUGGGACAACCUCAUCCGGAGAGGAGCGCAUGGCACCGGAGCGCUGUGGAGUAUUAGGAAGCAGCAUGUGUCUGCCCUAGGGGAAGGGGUGUCCGUAACCCCCCCGCUUGCCAGCAGCAGAAGAUAGCCUAGCCAUUUGCAAGGUAAUCCCACCUCGCUGCCCUCCCGUAGCUCCCAGGGGUGCUCCGGCACUGCCUUGCAGAGCCUGUGUGCCCUCAGCCUGGGCAUGGGGCCGCGAGCGUCUCGUCCCUCCCCUCCCAAGGAGCUUGAGCUCUGCUGGGGGGGUUGUCACUCAUGCUAGCUGCGGCCUGCAGCGCAGCCCGAAGUAGCCCAGCAGGGCCCUGUCUUGGGUCAAAUAGCACGUCAUCCCAGGCCAUUUCAGUCGCUAGAAGUCACCCAAGUCCCUGGACCAGGAAGCUGGGUACUACUUUGGGACGCUGAAAGACAUUUGGCUUCUCCUAGCCAGCUCCAGCUGGCUGCGGAGCUGGGCAGCGUGGAAAGGCCAAGUGGCUCAUAUCAUCUUGCGAAGGACAGUUUCAGUCCUUGCCUCCCCCACCGUUCCUGACCCCAGGAGCAUGUCCGCCUGCCCCUCCGUGGGCGGCAGGGACAGGGUGCCACCACGCCUGCCCCGCAUUGGAGGGAGUGUGCUUGGCUGGAAACGUGUCCCGGUGACAAGGAUCUGCCUGGGAGGGGAAAGCCCUGUGAAUAAUUUGUUCCCUUGAGAAGGGAGGAGGAGGGAGGAGACUGGGUUUCUUUGCCCAGCUUGAUCUCAGGAGAAAUUGCCUAUAGGAAGGCUCUUCCAUGCAGACCAGAAAUGCUGCUUCCUUCCAAUACUCUGCUGCUGUCCGGGGGCUUCAGCUGGGGAGAGCAGCGAGGGGGCAAAGGGCCUCGCAGGGAGGUGCUUUGCUGUCCCUUUCUCGGCUCUGGCCCAGCACAACUGUGGUUUUUCUCUGGGAAGCCUGUGGUCAGGCGGAGGGAGUCGGGGAAGGUGCUGCUCUGGCAGAGUUAUGAAGGCCUUGGAGGUCUGGAGGCUCUGACCUGGAUGGCAGAGAGGGGAACAGGCUGGAGGACAUGUCAUGUGCAGCUCUGCGGGGGCCCUGGGUCCUCCUUGGCCGGUGCCUGGGCAAUGAAGCCACCAAGCCCCUGGCAUCAGAGGUCUCUGCCUGGGGAUGGUUGUCCCUUCCCCAGGCUGGUGGCUCGCUCCUGGGCCCUGUGGCCUCCCCACGAGAGCUUCUUGUGACCCGCUGAGCACGGCGGGGAGCAGCACCUCCAGAGCGCUCGGCGGCUGACAAGCCUUGCCGAUAGAGGGGUUUUAGGAGAAAUGGGGUGUUUUAAGGGCAUUUUUGUACAAAGCAACUGUUCUUUCAGUCUCUUGCGAAGCCCUCUCGGAGGACGCUUUAUUGUUUACAUUGACUCCUGUACAAUAUCUCAGCCAUCGCCUCCCCCCUCGCCCGCCCGGUCUCCGGCUGUACUGUAACGUGUGAGCCUUGCACAAACGGAUAGCGUGUGCGUGAAACUGGUUUUUACACUGCGUUCUGUUGCACUCGAUGGUGUGUGUGCGUGUGUGUGCGUGUGUCCGGUCUGCUUGAGAAGUUGUGACAUGUACAAAUCUCUCCCCUUCCAGCCCUUUCCUGGGGGCACGGUCCCAGCGGGUGGCAGGAGGGUCAGGAGGUGAUGCCGCUUCUGGCUCACUUGGAUGUGAAACAGGGCAGGGAUUAGCUCUGUGUCCCUCUGCCAGCAAAGGCGUGAUGGAAGGCAUCCCACCCCGGCUCCGGCUGCUCCGGGAACCUCCGGGGAGGAGCGAGGUGCCGGGAAUCGGCGUGGGCACCGGGGCACUGCACCUGCCUGGGGGCUCGGGGAGCCCGGCAGCUCUGCCAGCCCAGCAGCUCUGCCAGCCCAGCACCAGGAGGAAGCCAUACCUGCCGCAGGUCCCCUGCUCCUGUUGUGGUGCGUCCUGCCUUAAUCUGGUCCUAGCUCCAUGCAACCUUCCCCCCCACGCUUCUCCCUAAGCGAGGGACCCCCGAGCCCUUGCUGGCAUGGGGCAGAGGCGGGCGCUGGCCUGGCGCAGGAGGGGUCUGGGCUGGGCAGAGGGCUCUCAGUCACCAGAGGUGCUAACAGCCCGCCCGCGCUGCAGAUAUCUCUGUUGGCACAAAAGCAGGUGCCAGUGCCUUUUAUUUUCCUGUACGGAGAUGUAACGUCCGUGCACUGGUUUGUAGGGAUCACCCGGGGGCCGGGCAGUCCGUGCUGGAGCGUGAGUCCUCGGGGACGGCUGGCGGUGGAGUUGCAAACCGGGGAGGGGGAGCGCUUCUGUCCACCCCUCCUGGAUCUUCCUUGGUGGCUGGGAUCGUCCCCUUUUCCCUUAAAGAUUUUAUGACCGAUGUGCUCAGCUGUUUUUAAAUGUGAACUUUGUGCACUGAUGUGCAGAUUCAAUGUUCUUGUUACCGAAUGAAUAAAGUUUUAUUUUGAAGAUGA